UUGUGGAAACAAAACUAGUUUACAGUCAUUAAUAUUUUUAUUUGUUCAAUAUAUUUAAAAAAUUGUUCCUGUGACUGCAAUAAUAAUGACUGCAAUAAUAAUAUGAUAAUUUAUUUCGGCAUGUUCAUGCGAAGUCGUGACAAAAAAAAGAAAGGAAGCAGCUAACAACGAGAGGAACGUGCUUAUAGACUCCCUGCCAUAACUACGCUUUCCCUAUCAUGCUGUUGAAGGUGACGAGUUCCCCUCUUUACCGGUUACUCCGUGCAAACCUCCACCCUGCAAAAAAAAAAAACAUGGACUCUGAGAUCGUGGCCACCCUCUCCUCACUCAUCAACUCCAGGUCUGACGCCAUUGAAGGAAAUAGUAGGUGCGAACACCAUGUUAAUCGAAGGCUUGAAACAGACUGUGGAGUUUGCAUGUGGUGAAAUCAAGGAUGUGAAAAUGAGUUGAAAAAAGUGUUGAAAAGGUGGAACAGAAUUCAAUGGUAGCCUAGUGGUUAGAGCGUUGGACUAGUAACCGAAAGGUUGCAAGUUCGAAUCCCCGAGCUGACAAGGUACAAAUCUGUCGUUCUGCCCCUGAACAGGCAGUUAACCCACUGUUCCGAGGCCGUCAUUGAAAAUAAGAAUUUGUUCUUAACUGACUGACAACAAAGUCAAGGUAUUGGAGUGGGCAGAACUGAAAAAGCAUGUGCGAGCAAGGUUUACAAACCUGACUCAGUUACAUCAGCUCUGUCAGGAGGAAUGGGCCAAAAUUUUCACCCAACGUAUUGUGGGAAGCUUGUGGAAGGCUAUCCUAGGCCGUCAUUGAAAAUAAGAAUUUGUUCUUAUCUGACUUGCCUAGUAAAAUAGAGAUAAAAUAAAAAUAAUACCACAUACGUCUCACUGAUCUGGAGCAAUACACAACCAGAUGGAACCUGAGACUACGGCGUGCCAGAGGUGGAGAAUGAAGAUGUGCGACAAGAGGCUAUCCGCAUCUGCGGAAUAACAAACGUUGCCGAUACUAUCGACGUUGUGCAUCGCCUCGGUAAGAAGCAACAGCAAAACGAUUCAAGACCUAGGGGUAUCAUCAUCCUCUUCACUGCCAGAUUCUACAGGGAUGCUGUCUGGAAAGCUGCUAGGAAGAACGCCUUCCUUCAGAGCCAUGGUCUGCUUUUCGCCGAGCAUCUCAGCCCGGAGGACAUAGAAAGAAGGAACAACGAUCAAGAAAGCACGACAUGAGGGAUUUCAGGACCCACGUUGAUGCGUCAUGCAGGUAUUCCGAGGAGUUCACCAACAUAUAUUAUGACUGCAUGGACAAGAACAGGAUGAACUUGAUACGACUCUACCUGGACAAAGCAACCCUGGUCUGGAAUGGGAAUGCUGUGUUAGGGCAGUCUGCUCUUGGGGACUUCUUUCAGUCGCUUCCCUCCAGCGAGUUCAGUGUCCAGACCCUUGACUGUCAGCCAGUGCACGAACAGGCAACCCAGGGCCAGACCACGCUGUUGGUGUUGAAAGCAGGACAUGUGAAGUUUGACGGACAGAAGCAGCGUUACUUCAAUCAGAACUUCCUCCUCACAGCCCAGGCUUCUCCCACCAGUGACCAGCCUGUCUGGAAGAUCGCCAGUAACUGUUUCUGCUUCCAGGACUGGAGUAGCUAUUCAUUAGGGCACACAAUGGCAACGGGAUACGAAACAAGCGUUUUAUUUUACCAACAAGCAAGUUUGUUAAGAACACAUUCUUAUUUACAAGGACAGCCUACACCGGCCAAACCUGGACGACGCUGGGCCAAUUGUGCGCUGCCCUAUGGGACUCCCAAUCCCGGCCAGUUGUGAUACAGGCUGGAUUCGAAUCAGGGUGUUUGUAGUGACUCCUCUGGCACUGAGAUGCAGUGUCUUAGACUGCUGCGCCACUUUGGAGCCCAAUAAUAACACAAUAGACAAGUUGGACAAGUUUCAGUCUGUUUGGUACCUAAUGAGUACAACCCUGCUUUAAGAUGUUUGCUCUUUUUUAUACCACUAUCUACCAGUCUUAUAAUAGUUGGUAAAUAUGCCCUUUCUUUGAAGUUACACU